AAACAGUUGCGACGCGACUACCAAAUGAAUCGGACGCGCCAGCGCUACACCGGAAGUUAAGAACUGAGAUGUUUACCCAAAAACUGUAUAUAUCAAGUGCUUAAAAACGUUACAAAAAAUUGGUUAUUUUUAAUUUCCGGUCUUCUAAGUAUUGGCUGGAUUUCGGUCUUACGUGGUGGUUAAAUAUUAAACAGCUAUUAUCGGGCUCGUUUUGGUGCUUAGUGCUAACUCAAAUCAAUGACUUGAGCUUUUCGACUUAGAAAGAUCUGAUUUUGUUUUGCUAGAAUUUCUGAAACUUCGCCCAUUACUUGCAUCCGCUGAUCCCUUUCUCCACUCAGAGGAUGCGUAACUGCACGGAAUCCCCAACGCCAGCGAACGGAAACUCAAAUUAAAAUCUAUUUCGGAACUUUCGCUUAAUCAACAAGUUACUUUUGCUUGCACUUUGCUUCAAACUGGAAAAGCGCUCGCUCUGUCGCUCCCAAAAGCGGAUUUCGAGUGCAAUGCUGUGCUAAACCAUCUGACAGUGUCCCACAAGCGCUGGCAUGAUAUAUUCAAAGGGAAUCGCAAAUUGAAGGCAACAUCGCGGAUUGAGGUGACGACAAACUGACAGCAGGACGGCCAUUUUCCGGUAUUUUGAUUUCGCUUUCCCGGCCCGCAAUGCGCCAUUAACUGGCACAACUUUGAACUCUCCUUCCGCUCCGAUUUAUGUUUUCGGUUGAAAGUUACGGCGCGCCAAAGCAACAUUUUCGUUCGGUAUUUGUGGAAUGUGCUUUUGAUAAUUUAUAUUAAUUUUAAAACGACAAGAAACUAAUCGCACAAAGGAAGUUUAAUUAAAAAAAGCCAACAUGGCAAUGGAAUGGAUAACUGCAAUGGACAAACGUCCUUGCGACCGCAACUUGCGUGACGUGGAGCUAAUCUCGUGCCGCUUGCGUCGCGUGGAGCCGCUGUGUCGCCUUCCAGGAUCAGCGCUCCAGCAGUUGGCCAUGUGUGGGUUCUACGAGGACCUGGAGAAGGGCGUGACACUUUUUCGCGCCGGCGAACAGGGCCGCUUCUGGUAUGCAGUGCUCGGCGGGUCGCUGGAGGUCCGAUACCAUGCUCAUGCCGAUGCCGAUGGCAAGAGCGCCGUUACACUGUGCAACCUGGGAGUGGGUGCCACAUUCGGGGAGUCCGUACUGCACGACUUGCCGCGGGACAGCACUGUGGUGACGAAGACGACCUGCGAGCUGCUGCGCGUGGAGCAGCAGGACUUCCGACUCAUUUGGGAGAAAAAUAAGGAGUUGAUGAAUGACAUUUUCACCAAUUGCAAAUUGAAGAACGGUUUUGGUCCUACCGUACAAGCAGCAGCAGCAGCCACAUCGCCCACCAAGCGACCUCUCAGCCCCGACCAUCCCAACCCAGCGCUGCCCAUUACCGAGACGCCGAGUCCGGCUAUGAACCGUAUGGGCUGGGCCCUACGCACUUUACUCGUCGCCGACAACUCCAGCUGUCUGAAGGAUCGCAAGGUCUCCGGCAAGCUAAUCCGCAAGUGCGCCCCCGGCACCGAGCUCGUCGACUGGCUGGUCAACCUCUCGCCCAUCGUCCAUACCCGCGCCCAGGCGGCGGGCAUGUGGCAGGCCCUAGUCGAGGAAGGAGUUCUCGCACACGUCAACAAGGAGCAGCCGUUCAAGGACAAGUGCUUUCUGUACCGCUUUCGCCUGGACGAGGAGGGCGGAACGGCGGCAGCGGGCGUGCCCCAGGCAGAGGAUCUCGGAGCGGCCAACGAGCACAUCCGCGAGGCGCUGAGCGCACUCUUCCAGCGCGGUCCGGACGCCACACUGCGCAUGAUAUUGCGCAAACCCUCACACGAAAGGACAUCGGAGGAACUGGAGCUGGUGUUCGAGGAACUGGUCCACAUCGCCGCCCUCUCCCAUUUGUCGACCAGCAUCAAGCGGGAGCUGUCGUCGAUUUUCGUGUUCGAGGCUCAUGCCCAGGCGGGUACAAUAUUGUUCAAUCAAGGCGACGAAGGACGCUCCUGGUACAUCUUACUCAAGGGAUCUGUGGAUGUUGUGAUACACGGCAAGGGAACUGUUGCCACACUGAAGACUGGCGAUGAUUUCGGCAAACUGGCCUUGAUAAACGACGCACCCAGAGCUGCUACCAUUGUCCUCAAGGAGAACAAUUGCCAUUUGCUGCGCGUGGACAAGGAGCACUUCAACCGGAUACUGCGCGAUGUGGAGGCCAAUACCCUGAGACUGCAGGAGCACGGCAAGGAUGUUUUAGUGCUCGAGCGCGUGGCCAAGCAACGGGGACAGCAUUCGGCAUUUAAAUACACGGUAAUGUCGGGCACUCCGGCCAAGAUGCUGGAGCACCUGCUGGAGACGCGACUGGGCCAGUCGGUCGGCGGAAUGGACCCCUUUCUGGACGACUUUCUGCUCACGCACAUUGUAUUCAUGCCCGUCGUGCAGCUGGUUGAUGAAUUGGCCAACUACUUCCAUUGCGAUGCCCAUGAGGACGCCCAGACGCCCGAGGAUCGCGAGUACAUAAUCAACUUCAAGAAGCGCGUGAUCCAGUUCAUGCAGAAGUGGGUCAUGGCCGUGCGGCACGCCGCCUUCGAGGAGCCCAGCGUCUGCGACUUCAUCGAGGACCUGGCCGCCGAGGUGGAGGCCGAUCCCGACCUGAACGAGGAGACCAGCAUCGUGCACAAUGUGCUCACCCAGAUGGCGCGCUACCAAGAAGACCGCAACCAGAACGCCGGCCAGAAGUGGAAGCUGCCGCCCAACGGUCAGCCCAUCUGCCUGUUCAGCGGCAACGCGACGCCCUCGAAGACGGUCAUUCGGCCAGACGAUGACAUCAUUUUCCGCGUCUAUUGCGCCGACCACACCUACUGCACCCUGCGAUUCCCCAUGCACACCACGGCGGAGCUCAUAAAGGCGUGUGCCGCCGACAAGCUGCAGCUGAACCGGGGUCCCGAGGACCUCGUCCUCGUGGAGGUGAAGUCGAACGGGGAGCGCUCCGUGUUCAAGGACAACGACGUCAGCAUACCAACGGGUCUGUCGCUCAACGGCCGCCUGUUUGUCUCCGUCAAGGAUCACCUGGACGCCCUGACCCAGCUGCAAGAGCAGGAAUGCCCCACCGAGGGAGUGGACAUCGACCUCGAGAUACUGAGCACCAAGGAGCUGGCCUACCACAUCACCCUGUUCGAGUGGGACCUGUUCUGGGCCGUUCAUGAAUACGAAUUGCUCUACCACACCUUCGGGCGGCAUCACUUUGGCAAGAUCACGGCCAACUUGGAUGUCUUUCUGCGCCGCUUCAACGAGGUCCAGUACUGGAUUGUCACCGAACUGGUGUCCACGCCAAGCCUGAGUAAACGCGUGGGUCUGGUCCGGAAGUUCAUUAAGCUGGCCGCCUACUGCAAGGAGUACCAGAACCUGAACGCCUUCUUCGCCGUCGUAAUGGGCCUGUCCAAUAUGGCAGUGUCCCGGCUGCAUCAGACCUGGGAGAAGAUCCCGUCGAAGUUCCGGAAAAUCUUCCAGGAGUUCGAGGCCCUGAUCGACCCGAGUCGCAACCACAGGGCGUACCGCGUGUUCGUGGGCAAGCUGCAGCCGCCGCUGAUCCCGUUCAUGCCGCUGCUGCUCAAGGACAUGACCUUCGCCCACGAGGGCAACAAGACCAGCCUGGACGGCCUGGUGAACUUCGAGAAGAUGCACAUGAUGGCCCAGACGAUGCGCACCAUCCGCUUCUGCCGCUCCCGGAGUCUGGGACUGGAGCCGCCGUCGCCGAAGAGCGAGGGCGAGGUGAGGUCGUACAUCAGUAGCUUCCGCGUCAUCGACAACCAGCGGGUGCUCACCGCCAUGUCCCAGAAGGUGGAGCCCACCAGGAAGCUCUAAGCCCAAAAGGCCCUGUAUCUGAUUAGCGUGUAGCGUGUGUUAAGUGUCUACCCCCGAGUGUGUGUUAAUCAAACCGCAAUUAGCUGCACAGUAAUGAGCUUAGCCGGGUUGUUAUCGGGAACCCAAUUCGGGGCAUGGCCACCACAACCCGGACCAACUUUCAUCCGCAUUCGCAUCCGCGUCCGCAUUCGCAUUAGCUUAAGCUACAGUGUAUCUACGACCCGACUAGGAACUAUCUCAAUCUUCUAACGAACUGAUCCCAAACGCAUUUCAAUGCGAACGAGAAACUUUUUGCUUUAGUACAAAACGAAAGAUGGAAAACAAAUUUAAAAUUCGGAAAUCCCGGCGGAAACCGAAACGAAUAAAAACAAAACUUGGACGUGUGUGAUACUAAACAUUUAGAGGAGGCAACAUCAAAACAAACAGCACUAAACUGCAUAAUUUCCUACAGAACUUUACUAUAUAAAUCCUACGCAAGCUAGUAAAAUAAUUUGUAAAAUUGUGUAACGUAUCCAAGAGCAUGGAAUCUAUUUUUUUAAAAACCCUAAACUAAAACCAACUAUUAAUCAGUCUAGUUGAAGCUAGUUGUUAACAUGUAAGCUAUGUAGCGGAUAAGUUAUUUAAUUUAUAGUUUCAAGUUUUUCUUUCAUCUGGUAAUCCAUUACGCUCCUAAGUACUGCAAUUCGCAAAUAAAACACGAAACCAUUUAUUAAUAUUUAUUUACACAACCAUUAUUUGUUUUAUUUUGUAGAAAAUUAAGCCCUUGUUUUAAGUUAGCUUUAAAAUAUGCAAAGCAAGUGCAUUCAAAACAUUAAACACUGGAGAGGGACCUUAUUAGUUGUAGUUUUGUACAUAUAGACUUGUAAAACCAUUAACAUUGAUUAUACACUGACUAUAGCUGUGGUCAAAAUAUAAGUAGUAUUUACAAUUUAAAAAUUGCAACCAUAGAGUUUCAAGGAAAUUAAAUAAACUAUUUGCUUUUUGUUUUUCAAAAAAAAACGUACGUUCGUUUCUUACUAAGAAGUUUAAAAAAUGUAUCUGUUACUAAUUGGCUUAACACAACGAUUUUUUUACAAGCACAUUAACUAAACAGCCAUUAUUAAAAUAGAAAGUCAUUAAAUGCUAACUAAUAAGUCCUUUUUAAAGUCAGCAUCAGAAAAGGACGAUCGGAUCACUUUCAAACUUAGUCACAUUUUUAAGUUCCCCCAUUGAGAGUACUACUCCUAUUUCGAACACAGCUGUAUACAUUUUGGAUGUAGUUAAUAUACUCGGUACUCGUAGUUAGCAAGGUACUUUAAAUAAAUUAGUCGCCGAUCCUACAAAAGAACAUUAGAAUCAGAUAAGCAAAUAGAUUUUCUCCCCAGAACAACCCCAAAUCAGUUGAACAAAAAUUCCUUAUUUAUGUUAAUUAAAAUACAUUGGAAUGAAAGAAGGCCCUGAUGUUUUAGCAAAACUAAUUUGUACCGAGUAUUCUGAAGUCGGAGAUCCGACUACAGGGUUUGUUCUUUUUCAAAAGUCAAUCCUAGUAAAAUCCGUUUGGCCUUUGGGGUCUGUCGGAAAAUGUAUAACUUAAAUGUAUUUAUGAACCCAUAUGCAUGACCCUAUGGGAAGAACGAAUUUUCUAGCAUCAAACAGUAAAGAAUAUUCCUGUACUUGUAGUUACCAUUUAAACCCAACUCCUCUCCCAAGAAAAGGUCUCUCAAACAACGAUUUAUCUCAUAAACAAACACCAUUCCUAGAUGUAACCAAACUUUGACCAUGAUGCGUAGAAUAAAAUUGUCGUUUUUAAUAAAACAUUUUUCUUUACGUACAACAAUCAAUCAAACAAUAUAUAUGUAUCUAUUUUCCAAGAUAUUAAGUCUCCAGUGGUUUCUCCCUCAGACAAAGUAAUACAAGAAGAGCAAACGAAUUUUCAAUAAAACUUGUAUAGAUAUAGCAAACCGAUUCAAACGAUACAAUAUUGUUUAGUUUAUAGCUAAUCAGAUGUAAAAAUUUCGUAUUAAUUUACAAGCAACGCAACACCAAUUUUAGUAUGGAACAGUUUGUAAGUAGAGUUGGAAAGCCUUUAAUUACUUUAUCUACACCACGUGCUACGGAAUCGGGUAGAAUCUAUCGCAAUCAUCCGCAUAGAAUUGUGUAGGCGUUAUAAGCCCGAUCCUAAACAAUCCUUUAAGGAAACGUUUGACAAAAUAAACCAACUCUAGUAGCGUUAAUAGGGCGAGAAGAGAUAAUUGUGUAUUAAAUAUUUAUCUAUCGGAUCCAUAAUUUUAGCAUAUAGUUCGUAGUACCUAUCGUAGUAUUAAGCAAUCGUUUCCAACAAGCGGAAACCGUUAUGUGUCAAAACCAAAAAUGUUUCUAUAUUUUUGAGUACUGCUAUUUUAAAGUAAAUGCAACAAUACACAACUAUUAUAGUUAUUGUUGUGCACUUUCAAUAAUACAGAUAUAAAUGCUAUAUAAAUAUACCAAUAUAUUAAAUAUGCAACUACUCCAAAAAGGGAAAAUUUCAAAUUUUACUUGUGAUUCGAUUUGACAAUCUCAAAACAUAACUCUAUUAACUUCUAAUUUCUCAAAUAUUACCUAAGCACUUUGCAUAAAUUAAACAUCAUUGGGUAGCUCACGGAUGUACACAAACAGAUGUAUUCAUGCUAUACGUAUAUACCUCCGUUACCAAAAUAUAGCUAUUGCCAAUCAGUCAUAAUCAGUCAGUAAAUGUUCGAGUCGUAACUAGUACUAACCACCCAAUGUUCAAAUCAGUGUUUACAUGUCUAAUGCAAAACAAUCUUGAAGUUUACUUACCUACCAUAUAGCAAAAUAGAAUAAAUAGUUCGUAAUACGGGAUGAAAGAGACGGCUCCCAUGAGCUCACAGUAAGAAGACAACACCAACAAACCACUUAGAAGUAAUUAAUUCCAUCGAGCAUGGUAUAGACGUGCAUAUUGUGCAGCAGACCAGAUAUAUUUUAACCGUACUCCAGAUUACAUAUACUAAUUACAUACAUGUAUACCCAUAUUGCGAUGAGCGAAGUGAGAUUUAUGCAAAGCAGAGUAAAUAUUUUAAAGGCAGCCCUAAAAUGUUGAAACUAAUUGUAAACCAGCAUGUAUCUUUGAAUGUCUAACAUUUUGAACUCAACUAAUAUUCAAAUAAAGAUUUAUGUGUUAGCGAG